GGUAACCAAGAGGCCCCAGCUCCCCCCGAAGCCAUGGCCCAACCCUUCCCACCGGCCCAGUACCCUCCUCCACCACAGAAUGGGAUCCCCGCUGAAUACGCCACGCCCCACACCCACCCACCGGCCGACUACACGGGACCAAGCACGGUGGCCGAGCACGCCCUGACACUGUACACGCCAACGCACACACACAGCGAACAGCCGGGAAAUGACAGCAGCACCCCCGCACUCACAGCCAACACAGUAACGCAGGCAGAGGAGGCUGUACAGACAGAGGGUUCCCAGCAGCUCCACCUGCAGCCCAGUGAUUCGUCUGGGAAGCAGCAGCCUAAGAGGUUACACGUCUCCAACAUCCCUUUCCGUUUCCGAGAUCCUGACCUGCGGCAAAUGUUCGGGCAAUUUGGCAAGAUUUUAGACGUGGAGAUUAUUUUUAACGAGCGAGGCUCCAAGGGCUUUGGGUUUGUAACAUUUGAAACGAGUGCAGAUGCUGAUCGUGCACGGGAGAAACUAAAUGGUACAAUCGUAGAAGGACGAAAAAUAGAGGUCAACAAUGCAACAGCCAGAGUAAUGACCAACAAAAAGGUGGCAAACCCUUACACAAACGGCUGGAAGCUGAAUCCGGUGGUUGGAGCAGUAUAUGGUCCUGAAUUUUAUGCAGUGACAGGCUUUCCAUACCCCAGUACAGGAGCAGCCAUGGCCUAUAGAGGGGCCCAUUUGAGAGGGAGGGGUCGGGCCGUCUACAACACGUUCCGUGCUGCACCUCCUCCUCCACCCAUCCCUGCCUAUGGAGCUGUGGUCUACCAGGAUGGCUUUUAUGGGGCAGAAAUAUAUGGAGGGUAUGCAGCUUACAGAUAUGCCCAGCCAGCUGGUACUGCUGCAGCUGCAUACAGUGACAGUUAUGGCAGAGUCUAUGCAACAGCAGACCCAUAUCACCAUACGAUUGGACCUGCAGCCACUUACAGCGUGGGCACUAUGGCUAGCCUUUACAGAGGAGGGUGCAGUCGCUUCACUCCCUACUAG